AAUGAUCUGUAAACUAUAAUUUAUAUGAUGAUUCGCCAAAAAGCUUAGCAUCGUAUGUUAGGCAGUGCCGACUAACUUUUUUGCCCUGUGAUUGACAUAUCACAAAUUCAUAGCCACAACUUGGCGGCAGCAGUAUGAGAAGCCUGUGAAAAGAAUGGAUGUUUCACCAUUGUCAACCAUGGAGUUCCGUUGGAUCUUCUCAAAGAUUUGGAGGCCCUUCAUGAGGAACUAUUUGCUCUACCAGUAGAGGUUAAGGAAAGAGCCAUAGUGUACAAUCCGGAUGCUCGUUCUGCUAACAAUGGGACUUUCGAUUUGGAGUGCCUGCCUGAUUUAGCUACAAUGCAGAAAUUGCAUGACAGGCUAUGGCCGGAAGAGGGAAACCCAAAGUUCUGUAACGUCAUGAGGACUUUCAUAUCAAGCAUGACCAAACUGCACAAUAAGAUGAGUAAAAUAUUCCUUGCCAGCCUCAAUCUGGACGUCAAGUCACUAUUCCAUUCUGAUUUUGAGAAGUGCUAUUCUUUUAUGAGUAUAAACCACUACACACCCAAGGACAAAGAAAUGGACGAGGAGGUUAUGCAUCCACAUACAGAUAUCGGCUGCUUCUCAAUGCUUUACACUAACAAUACCCUGGGUCUUCAAGUAAAAUCAAAGGAAGGGAAGUGGUUGGACGUUAUUCCUGUACCUUAUUCAUUUGUUGUUAUGGCAAGCGAUCUCCUCAAGGUAUGGACCAAUGGAAGGUUCCACAGUAUAGAACAUCAAGUUGUUUAUAAAGGAUGGAAGGAACGUAUAUCUGUUGCCUAUGUUGUGCUCUUUUCAGAUGAUCUGCAGAUUUUGGCGCCCUCAGAUCUUGUGGACGAUAAGUACCAACGACGCUACAAGCCUUUCACUUUUCAACCCUUCAAGGAAGCCUAUUAUAUUAACUACAAAACUAAGGAACAAAAUCUUGAGAGAUUCGUUGAUGUAUUUGCAAGCAUAUAAUAUCUCUAAUUUGUCCAUUUCCAUGUAUAAGACCAGGGUCACUGACUAACUGGUAUCUUCCUUCCAGUUUGCAAUUGUUAUGUGUUUUCAACGUUUAGAACAGGCCUCUAGGCCUCUACAUUGGUAUUAUUCCUGCCUGUGUAUUCAUAUCUCUGGGACAUAUCUGCUCCAGGGUCGAGCAAAAUGGAUUAAAACUUUUUCUUA